AUGACAAACAUCCUUUUCAUUUGUUUUAAGCUGUAUUCUGUGUUCAUCGUAAUUUUUUUUUUCUUCUUCUUCUUCUUCUUCUUCUUCUUCUUCUUCUUCUUCUUCUCAGUGCUAAAUAAACAACGUUCUAUUCAUUAUCUAUCUAUCAAUCCAUCUAUCUAUCUAUCUCUCCCUCCCUCCACCCCUCUCUCUCUCUCUAUCUAUAUAUAUCUAUCUAUCUAUCUAUCUAUAUAUAUAUAUAUAUAUAUAUAUACAUCCACACAUAUAUAUAUCAGUCUAUUAAUUAUCGACCUAUCAAACUCUAUUCAUCUAUCUAUCUAUCUAUCUAUCUAUCUAUCUAUCUAUCUAUCUAUCUAUCUAUCUAUCUUCAUUAUCUUGCGGGAUAGGGAGUCGUCAUCAGUCAUUAGCUUCUCACUCAAACAGGUCAAAUUGGAGCAGUCGCUGGGCCGUCUCUUUCGACUUUCUUUCUUCAUCGACUUCACUAUUUGGCUUUGCCUACUAAACUCCCAGUUUGUUUCUGUCACUUCUGCUCACAGAAUCUCUCGUUUUGUUUUCCUCUUUUUUUCUUUCUCGUCUUUGGAGAUAUGCUGUCUUUCGAUAUUAAUAUUUUCAUUUCUAUCUAUCUAUCUAUCUCAAUCAUUUCAUGUCUUUAUGUCUAUCAAUCUAUCUAUUUAUUGCUAUCUAAUCAGAUCUUCUGAUCAUAUCUAUCUAUCUUAUUCUUUUCAUAUCUAUCUGUUUAUAUCUAUUGCAGUCUGUUUAUAUCUAUCUAUCUAUCUAUCUAUCUAUCUAUCUAUCUAUCUAUCUAUCUAUCUAUCUAUUCAUUCAACAACCAUAUCUAUCUAUCUAUCUAUCUCAGUUCAACCAUAUCUAUCUAUCUCAGUUCAACCAUAUCUAUCUAUCUAUCUAUCUAUCUAUCUAUCUAUCUAUCUCAGUUCAACCAUAUCUAUCUAUCUAUCUAUCUAUCUAUCUAUCUAUCUAUCGAUCUAUCUGUCUGCCUGUUUAUCUAUCUAUCUAUCUAUCUAUCUAUCUAUCUAUCUAUCUAUCUAUCUCAGUUCAACCAUAUCUAUCUAUCUUUCUAUCUGUCUGUCUGUUUAUCUAUCUAUCUAUCUAUCUAUCUAUCUAUCUAUCUAUCUAUCUAUCUAUCUAUCUAUCUAUCUAUCUAUCUAUCUACUGACAAUUGUUUUGAAUGGUUCUUGA